AUGGAGGCUUCAGGGCUGCCCCAGGCCAGGAGGUGCCGCCCGGAGACCCUGGGGAAGCUUUUCCCCAGCUUCUGCUUCCUCGGCUGCCUGGUCACCUACGCGCUGCUGGGAGCUGUGCUCUUCUCAGCCAUCGAGGGCCACCCGGUGCUGGGGGCGCCGGACAAUUGGGAGUUUGAGGAGUUCCUGGAGACGCUCUAUGGCAUCUUGGACUGCAACAGGACAGCGGUGGAAGGCAGGAAGGAGGCCGUGCGGGUGCACCUGCAGCAGCUGAAACCGCAGUGGUUUCACGGGCCGGCCGACUGGACGUUCCCCAGCGCGCUGUUUUUUUGCUGCACUGUGUUCAGCACCGUGGGUUACAGCCGCAUCUUCCCGGUCACCAGGCUGGGCAGGUACCUGUGCAUGCUCUACGCCCUCUUGGGCAUCCCGCUAAUGUUCUUGGUCCUCACCGACAUCGGCGACAUCCUGGCAGCCGCGCUCUCCGCAUCUUAUGGUCGGCUCCGGAAACUGCCUUCCCUCACCCCCGACCCCUCCAAGUGGUGCUCGCGACCGCCACCGCCGGGGAGACAGCCAGAGGCCACGUGGGGAGGGGAUGCCGCCACCAGCCCGCAGAUCGUCAUCAGCGCCGAGGAGCCGCCGGACCCCAAGCCUGGCAGGUGUCCCGCGGCCUCAAGCUGCAACACGGAGCUGUUCGAGAGACUUCUCACGCAGGAGAAACAGAACAGCCUACAGCUGCCGCCACGGGCUGUGGCGAGGAGCAGCUCGUGUCCUGAGCUGGCCCUGGGGCGCUUCUCCUACUCCAUCAUCAGCAACCUGGAUGAGGUGGGGCGGCAGGUGGAGACCCUGGACGUGCCCCUGCCCGUCGUCGGCCUGGUCGUGUUCGCCUACAUUUCCUGUGCGGCGGCCAUCCUCCCCUUCUGGGAGACGAAGCUGGACUUCGAGAACGCCUUCUACUUCUGCUUUGUCACCCUGACCACCAUCGGGUUUGCGGACACAGAUCUGGAACACCCUCACCUCUUCCUCUUCUUCUCGCUCUACAUCCUCGUGGGCAUGGAGAUCCUGUGCAUCGCCUUCAAGCUGGUGCAGACCCGGCUGGUGCAGGCCUACAAGAGCCUCCUGCUCUUCUUCGCCAAGGGGAAGUUCGACGACCUCGUGCAAAAGUGA